AUGCGUCGUACUCCCGCGCGCAAGACGAAGAAGCCCGGCCUGACUGAGGAGCAGAUCGAGGAGAUCCGCGAGGCCUUCAACCUCUUUGACACCGACCACUCCGGCUCCAUUGACUACCGCGAGCUCAAGGCGCGCCGCUGCGCCACCAUCAAACACGCGCCGCACCCCUCCUCCCACUCCCUCUCUCAACCGAGCACGCGCCGUCCCUGGCUGGCCCGGGCGCUCGCUCCGCGUCGGAUGGCUCCCAGCCGUGGAUGCGCAGCCCCGCCCGCCCCGCCUUUGCCUUGCUCUGCACUGCAACGCUCGACGGUCUCUGCUCCGCGCAGCGCAACCGCCGCCCAGCCGCCGCCGCCGGCGGAUUAA